AUGGCUGUUUCUUUUGGGUUCGCUAUUAAGCAAACACGGCUCGAUUCUGGACGUAUUUUAUCAUUAGGCUACGGUCUAAGCUAUCCAAACGGUGUUGGCGUAGAUAUAGUAGAAUUAAUGCAUGAACGUAUAAGACUCAAAGGAUUGCCUAUCAAAAUUGUAGCUACAGCCAACGACUCAGUUUGUACAUUACUAGCUCAUGCGUAUCAACAUCCUACAACACGUAUAGGUAUUGUUCACAGCCUUGGUACCAACUGCUCCUAUUAUGAACCCGUCCGAAAUGUCACUAAAUUGAAAGAUCAUAGCGUCACCAAGGAUGCUGACAUGAUUGUCAAUACAGAAUGGUGUAACUUUGGUUCAUCACGUCGUACGUUACCUUGCACCUGGUUCGAUCGAAAACUGGCUCGGGAAUCCAUCAACCCUCAAUUUCAUGUGUUUGAGAAGAUGACCACUGAAACAUUAAAUACUGUACAUAGCUUUGAUACAAGUUAUAUGUAUGUGUGUGAAGCAGACAACACAGAAACUUUAGAAGACACACGUGUUGUGUUGGAAGAUAUGCUUGAUCUGUCAAAAACUACUGUAGGGGAUCGUGAAGUGGUAAAGAAAGUAUGUGAGUUAGUGGGAACGCGUGCUGCUGUUCUAGUAGGUGCUUCUAUAGCAGCUAUUGUGCAACACAUGAUGCAUAGGGGUAUUGGAAUGACAGAUGAAGGUUAUGCUAUAUGUAAGUUUGAUUCAUGA